UCCUUCUGCAGGAGAAAGGCUGGCUUUCUGGCUGCUGGAGGGCGGGAGGGCAAAGAUGCCCUGCAGAGGCGUAGGAUUCCAGUUGGGGAUGCUAGGGACGCACCAAAGAGUCGGAGUGCCUUGGCUUGUCUUCACGAAGUCCUGAAAAAGUGUGCCUGAAAUGACCAUUCUGCUUCGUUUUUUUUUCCCUAAGAGGUUGUACUUGUAUUUAUUGUUAUUGUUGUUAUUAUUUUAUCAUUAUUAUUUUACCCCUGGACAUCCCUCACCCCAGAAAUUGGGUUCCACAAUGUGGCAGGGUAGAACAUUUUGUUUAAAAAAAAAUUUUUUUUUUUUUUCGUGAGGCUUCAUUUUCCUUUUCGGGGGACACAGAAAGCAGUCUUUUGCACAAUGCCUGCCUGACUCCCAACGUUAUCUGAAUACGUGGGAAGGAGCAGGCUCGUUUUCAAGGACCCGGGCCAAUUUUGAAAGCGAGCUUUUUGUUUGUUGGGUAGCCCUUUGUCUCCAGAGGAUUUUGAUGUGAAGAAGAUGAAAAAGGAAGGCUCUUCAGGUCCCUUCAGACUCAAGCCAAACCCCGGUUCUCUCUCACGUGCUGUGAGUUGGAUAAAUUUCUCCUCCUUGUCCAGGCAGACAAAGAGACUGUUUCGCAGUGAUGGAGAGCUGUCUGUCUGUGGGCAGCAGGUGGAAGGACAUGAUGAGAACUGGAUAUACAGAACCCAGCCCAGAAAAGCGGUUUCCAACCUAGAUGAGGAGAGUCGAUGGACUGUCCACUACACCGCACCAUGGCACCAGCAGGAGAACGUGUUCCUUCCCACCACGAGACCCCCCUGUGUCGAGGACCUGCAUCGCCAAGCCAAGCUCAACCUCAAAUCCGUGCUGAGGGAAUGUGACAAGCUACGGCGCGACGGCUGCCGGAGUUCGCAGUAUUCCUCUCAGGGACCCACCUUUGCAGGCAGCUCCAGCCCGGGCGAUGCCGACCAAGACGAGGAUGGGGAAACUGAGCCACAGUGUUCUCUCUCUUCUUCAGAAGAGAGACUUAUUGGCAUCAGGAGACCUAAAACGCCAGCCUCAGGUGACUUCUCUGACCUUAAUACGCAGACAAACUGGACAAAGUCUCUGCCACUGCCGACACCCGAAGAGAAGAUGCGACAGCAAGCCCAGACGGUCCAGACGGACGUGGUGCCCAUUAACAUAACUGGGGAGAAUUUCGAUCGCCAGGCCAGCCUGCGGCGGUCUCUAAUUUACACAGACACUCUGGUAAGACGACCGAAGAAAGUCAGAAGGAGAAAGACUAUUACAGGAGUCCCUGACAACAUACACAAGGAGCUAGCAUCGGGCACUAGCCAAGAUGACAUUGAUGGUCAUUCAACAUAUGCGCCAGACCAGUACGCUACACUAGCAAGGCUCGAUAGCUAUCGCUGUGCCGGGCAGCGCUCGGAAACCAGGGACUCCAGCUGUCAGACUGAGACUAUGAAAGUCAUACCCCCAUCAGUGAGAAGAAUCAGGGCCCACAAGGGGCUCGGCAUCGCUGCCCAGAUGAGCCACUUUUCAGGCUCCUCUGGCAACAUGUCCGUGCUGAGCGACUCGGCUGGUGUCGUGUUACCUUCCCGCCUCAGUAGUGAUGCCGGCUUCCACAGUCUUCCACGUUCUGGCGCGAGAGCAAGCACUUACUCCCUGGGGGCAAGGCUGGGUGCCCUGGGCCCUGGAGAAGACAUGGGUGGCACUUUUUCCUACCAGGAGAAGGACCUGCAAGGAGACGAACACUUAGGACGGUUAAGAGGUGCUUCUAGUACCGGAACACUUUUGAGACCCAGAUCCCAGGAACUGAGGUUCUUGGGGACUGAAAAUACAGUGAGCCCCGCAUGCGUGGUUUCUCCUCAUGCCACCUACUCCACCAGCAUCAUCCCAAAUGCCACACUCCUGUCCUCCUCAGAGAUCAUUGUCAUUCACACUGCUCAGAGUACGGGGCAGCUGAAUGGCAGAAUGACCAGCUCUUCCUCCAAGAUGAAACCCAGAGGGCUCAUCCCCAGAUGUUCUGUGAAAGAUGACCACCAUUCCCCCACUUGCCACUGGACUGAGGGUCACUCCAUUCAUUCACAAGCCUUAGUCUCUCCCACCCCCAGUGCCACCACACUGUUGUCCCUCUGUGAUUCAGAGGUCUCCCUGAAUGCCCCGGCACAUCAGGAGAACGGGUCCCAAGCCAUGCCCUAUAACUGUAGAAACAGCCUGAGCUUUCCUGCCCAUCCCUCCGAUGUGGAUGGCAAGAGUGAGUCCAGUUAUUCAGGGGACAGAGGGCAAGGCAGCUCCGAGUCUUGGGAAUGCAAAACCUCCAGCAAUGGGCGGGCGUCCCCACUGAAGCCACACCUAGCAACCCCUGGCUGCUCUACUCCCACGAGUAACUUGAGCAGUUGCAGUCUGGACCAAACGUCCAUCAAGGAGGAUGCCAGGUCCCUGUACUCAGAGGACCACGACGGCUGCUACGCGUCCACGCACAGUGACUCUGGCCGUGGGUCUGGAAACCUAUACACCAGCCACGACGGCUUUGGCAACCCCAGGCACAGCGUGGUCAACGUUUUCGACGGCCGGGCUCUGAAGAGCCAAGGGGACCGGUCGAGCCACCUCGAUAAAUCGCUUUGCAGAAAUAUCUCUUUGAAGAAAGCAAAGAAGCCACCUCUGCCACCGUCCCGAACGGACUCUCUGCGCAGGAUUCCCAAGAAGAGCAGCCAGCCCAACGGGCAGGUGCUCAACGAGAGCCUGAUCGCCUCUCUCCAGGAGUCUCUGCAGCUGAGCCUCCCUGGCAAGGGUGGCAGCUCGCCCUCACAGAGCCCCUGCAGCGAGUUUGAGGAGCCCUGGCUGCCCCGUUCCCGGAGCCAGAGCGCAGUGAGCGCCAGCAGCAGCGUGACCUCCGCCACCACCGCCCACAUGCACUCCCUGUGCGGGGUCACACCCUCGCAGAGCGACACCAGCAGUUGCAAGUCAGAGUACACGGACCCCUGGGGUUACUACAUCGACUACACCAGCAUGCAGGAAGACCCCGGGAACCCCGCGGGUGGCUGCUCAGCCAGCACUGGGGCCCCGACUGGAAAUGGACCGGUGGGCCACAUCCAAGAGGGGUCCAGAGCUCCCAUGCCCCAAGUGCCUGGUGACUCAGUCAAACCAAAGAUCACCUCGCCAGAGAAGUCACAGCGAGUCACCUCUCCAUCCAGUGGGUAUUCCAGCCAAUCGAACACGCCCACAGCGCUCACCCCCGUGCCUGUGUUUUUAAAGUCGAUGUCACCAGCAAAUGGGAAGGGGAAGGCCAAGCCCAAGGUACCGGAAAGGAAGUCCUCUCUGAUCUCCACGGCCUCUAUCUCCUCCUCGUCCUCUUCUCUCUCCUCCAACACCUGUACGGAAGGAAGUGGCACCGGGAGGAAGCCCGAUUCAGCGCCGGGCUCUCCCUCUGCCCCUCCACCCCCUCCUCCGCCUCUCCCCCCUUUACCAUGUCCAUAUCCAGCAGACAAGUCUCCCCUUCCUCCUCCGCCUCCUCUAGCUGAGAGCUCCAGAGACUCUCCUGUGCCUCCCUCCCCUGUCUUCCCACCUCCCCCACCAGAAGCCCUGGUCCCCUUCUGCCCGUCCCCGGACAGGUGCCCGCCCCCGCCCCCCGCAGCCCCCCUCUCCUUCUCCGGGCCCUCGGCUCCCUUGCCAAGACCUCCACCUUUCUUACCUGCCUCGCAGCCCCCGCCUGCCCCACCUCUGGACCCCAAACUUAUGAGAGAUACCAGGCCUUCUUGCAAAAACUCUGGACAGCCCGAACCCUCCCGGGGGGCUCCCAGGCCACCUGCCAGCAAGGAGGAGGGCUGCCGGCCCCCCAUGCCCCUGAUCACGGCGGAGGCGCUGCAGAUGGUGCAGCUGAGGCCGGUGAGAAAGAACUCAGGCGCCGAGGCCACCCUGUUGUCUGAGCCAUCAGGUGAGGAGCAAGGAACGCCGACUGCUCCACAGUAUCACUUAAAGCCAUCUGCUUUCCUGAGAUCCCGAAAUAGCAUAAAUGAAAUGGAGAGCGAAAGCCAGCCUGCCUGUGUGCCGAGCUCGCCUGCCAAGAACCCAAGUCAGGGUGACCAUGACAGUGCAGCCGAGCGUGGCGGGCCUCCGGGUCGCAGCCAUGGAGCUGGGUGUCCCGGGCCCGGCCCCAGGACCAGUCCACUCCCAGACUCUUCUUCACCCAGCAAGAAGCCACCCCCUAUCUCCAAGAAGCCCAAACUGUUCCUGGUGGUGCCACCUCCGCAGAGAGAUUUCACUGCGGAGCCCACAGAGAGCGGGAGCGAAGCGUCCUCAGGCGUGCCCAGCGCCACUAAGGCAGAGGGAGGCUCUGGGCACAGCCAAGAGGCAAACGCGAACCCAGCAGCCCGAGCUGGUGCUCAGGCCCCAGCCCCAACCCCCAGCAGCUCCGUCGUGCUGGAAGGAGGAGCUUCAGGGUCCACAGCCCCUCGCCGUUCAGAAGCCCCCAUGGUCCAGCCCGCUGCCUCGCCAGCCUCCACGCAAGAAGAGCCAGCCCGGAGCAGCGUGCACGGUGGGGGCGUCGUCGAGAGCAGCUUGUCUCGCCAGGAUGGAGAAGCUGGGGCGCUGGAGUCCAACUUGGCUGCCACGGACGUGUGCGACUUCUCCACGGAAGAGGGGAGUGGCGAGGUGAUGACUCCCACGAGGCCCCGGACCACCGAAGACCUGUUUGCAGCUAUUCACAGAUCCAAAAGAAAAGUCCUUGGCCGGAAAGACUCGGCGGAGGAUGAUCACACCCGCAACCACUCCCCCUCCCCACCAGUGACACCCACGGGUGCUGCCCCCAACCUGGCCUCCCCGAAACAAGUCGGGUCCAUUCAGAGGAGCAUGCGGAAGAGCAGCACGAGCAGCGACAACUUCAAGGCGCUGCUGCUGAAGAAGGGCAGCCGCUCGGACACCAGCGCGCGCAUGUCGGCGGCGGAGAUGCUGAAGACCACCGACCCGCGGUUCCAGAGGUCUAGGUCGGAGCCCUCGCCGGAUGCCCCCGAAAGCCCGUCCAGCUGCUCCCCCAACAAGAAUCGGAGGGCCCAGGAGGAGUGGGCCAAGAAUGAAGGCCUGAUGCCCCGCAGCCUGUCCUUCUCGGGCCCCAGGUACAGCCGCAGCCGGACGCCCCCGUCGGCGGCCAGCAGCAGGUACAGCCUGCGGAAUCGCAUCCAGAGCAGCCCCAUGACGGUCAUCUCCGAGGGCGAGGGCGAGGCGCCGGAGCCCGCCGACGGCAGGGCGCGCCGGCCGCUGGACGCUGCCAAGGGAUGCGCCCUGGACACGCUGGCCGCGCAGGAGGUGGACCAGGGCCGGCUGCCGUGUGCCAUGGAGCCCAGCUCAGCGGAUGGGGCGGGCAGGGCGGAAGGCAAGGGUCUCUCGGAGCAGGGUAGGGGUGCUGGGCAGGAGGAGAGUUAGGGCCAGAUCCUGCGUCUCUCAGGCGAGGCUGGGGUGAGCAGUGCACCAGUGUCAGAAGCCUAGAGGGGAGCCUUCCUGUAGGGACCCCGCUCCACGUUGGCGCUGGAGGCCUCAGCCCCUGUGGGUCAUUUGCCACGUGGCUUAAAAACGAGUGUACAUGCUUAAACUUCUUUAAGUGCUUCCUGGGGAAGAUUUCUUCUUCUUCUUUUUCUUCUUCUUCUUCUUCUUUCCCCCCACCCCCCCCCAAAAAAAAUGCUGGGUGUGUGUGAGAAAGCACAUUCUGAACACUUCGUUUUUCACCAAUACAUACACUAGCAGUGUGUACACACAUAGAAAGUCAGCGUUGUGAGGUUGGUAGUCAAGGAGUCUCCUGGGAUAGGUGAUAACUGCCUUCAAGGCACUAUGGAUAUGGGAAUUGCUGAGUCUCCAGAGAAGGGAAAAGCUGUUGUUUCUGAGAGGCCGGGGAUGGGCUGGGUCUGGUGCACACAACACGGUUACGGACGCUCCCAGGCUGCAGCGAGGCCAUGCCUGUGAAUAGAGAGGCUGGGAACGGGCUGGAUGGCUUAUUCAUUGGUUAAGGUACUUUUUUUUUUUUUUUUCUAGGGGAAAAUGACUUUUUAUAAAAAUGACAAAUGUGGAAGUGGGGGUACUGAAUCCCGUGCCUGCUGCCAUGCAGCUAGGUAACACAGCUUCUGGCCUGAUGUUAGACGCGUGGGCAGUUUUUAAACAAAUUCCCAGUGCGUAGCAGCCCAGCCCCUCUUUGAGAACCGACGGGAGAGGGUGCAGACGUGGGGGCCUGGGCAGAGGAGUGGGUGACCAGCUGCUGGAUUCGUCUCCUGUUUAGUAAAUAAAAUUAUUUUUCAGAAUUAAAUUUGAAAACUUGCACUACAGAACUGUGGGUGAAGCUUUUCCUUUAAUAACAGGAUUUUCAUUGUUUUUUUUUUUUUAACCAGAGUUUAAACUUCCAUUUGACAGUUUAUCACUUGAAAUGUCAACAUUUGCUAACUUUUAGAUAUCCUUUUGGUUACACCAAAGAGAAAAAAAAAUGGCUAUUUUUUUCCCUUGAACUGCCCACAGUAUCACACCCUAAUUUAGAAAAGUCUACCAAAAUUUAUGAUAUAUUAUCUCACUUUGAAGAAAAUGCUGCAUAGCUCUUGUUAGUGAAAUAAAUUGAUAAAAAAAAAAAUGGGAGGGAUUGGCUAUUAGCCCUGGGAAAUGAGUUUUUAGAUUAAAAAGAUUUUGUCUUUGCAUCAUUUGGUUUGUGUGUUUUUAUAUUUGUUUAUAAAUUGAGUUGCUAACUACCUUUCAAUCUCCUCCAAUCAGAAUUCCAGCACUUUUAGACAUGGGAGGGAGAUGUGUAUUUAUUUUGACAUAAUGUUCCCCUCCUUCUUUCCUUCCCUCCCUCUCUCCCUCCCAAGUUCUGUGUACUUCUAAUGAACCACAGGAUUAUUUUGUUUUGAUUCAUUCAGAAGAUCUGCAGUGGGAAUUCUGAGGUUCCUAACUUAAACCCAAUAUACCUGUAAAUUGGCUUUCACAAUGAUAUAAAAAUAUCAUAUGAAAGUUGGGGUGCACAGGUCAAAUCCUCAUAAAGCUUAUAAAGCAAAACUUUUGGUACCUAUUUUAGAUAUGUCUUUGAAGGAAGAAUUAAGGCUUCUUUCUUUUUCUGCAGAAAAGAAAGCCCAUCUUUUCACAUAACCAGAAAUCAAGACUUGACAUAUGGUUAUAGGCUUAAGGUUAUUUUGUAGAGCAUCGUUUACUACACGAGGCACACAGGUCAUCUCUUGUAAAUUCUAGAAAAGUAUUUGGCUUUUGAAUACGUAAAACAAUUAGAAUGUAUGUGGAUAUCAGAACUUAAUAUAUAAAUAUUUGUUUGAAGGUAAAAUAAGCAACAUCAGAACUAAUUAUAAAAUUAUUUUAAAACCCCCAUUUUUAAAGAUAUUUAUUAGGUUUUCAAUUUGCUUUGAAUAAAACACUUGUCGAUACUUGAA